CCAGAGGCCGCGAUCGAUGUCAAGGGCUCACCUUGGAUUAGGGGUACGCCAAGAAGAUGAGACGAAGCCUCGAAGUGGCUUUCGUAGCUCUCGUCCGGCAUGACUCUUGCCUUCGAUCCCACUUACGCUCGCCAUCAUGCCCCUUUGACGACCCUCUAACGACAACCCUCACGACACGAUACGAAUAACGACGACGCGGCCGACCAAUUGUGACAACGCAGAAAUCACUCUCACAACAUCCUUUAGCAACUUCUUCGAUACACUUGUAGUCCGCGAUGCCCCGUCGCUCUAAGCGCAGCCGCUCAAUAGGCAACGACCUUCCUCACAUGCCCGAGGAGCCAUCGCGCUCCAUUCUCCUUCCGCCGCAAAGGUACGGUCAGGCCCCUGCACCGCAUCAAAGCAACGCGGCCACUUACAGCCCGGCAUCACAUGGUUCUGCUCUUACCCUUGCGCCCACACGCACACCUCCGGGCGAUUUCGCCAGCAAGCAAUAUCUUCAAGCAGCUGAGGACGAUCUCCUGGAGGAAGAAGCAGCCAAUGCGGUCCUCCUCUCCCGCGAGACGCAGCGCUUGCGCCUCAUGACGCCGCUUAAGCUCAAGCGACGCGCCCGCAUAGCGGCUGGCGCAGCGGUUCUACCCCUCAUCGCUCUCACAGCGUAUUGUCUCGCCCGCUACGUGAUCGCCUGGAUUCAUCUAGGGACGCCAACAACCCUCAGUCCAGAUGCGGCCACAGCGGCGGCCAGCGCAAGUGCCAGUGCCGGUACUACCAGCAGUACUGCCCGACGGGACGCCCUCUUGCGUACUAUGUCACUUCUUUCGGUGAUCUUGACCUCGUACUCCCUCCUUCUCUUCCUCCUCGCGGCAAUCUACCUCCGCUUCUCCCGGGUAUCGUCCUUCGCCACUCCAGUGGUGUUCUUCGCCGUCCUCCUCGGCGGGAUCAUCGCUAUCGCCAUGUCCCUCGCGAACGUGGGAUUGAUUGCCGCGUGGCACAAGUACUACGCCGAGGAGAGCAAGAAGGGAUUAGCACAGGCAAUCACGAGGGAUGUGGGACGACGUUGUGCAGGUAAAUGGGAGUUUGACCUCAUCUGGGGAGUGCCAGACGUUGGAGCCGCUCCGUGCGCACAAGAGGGGGGGAAGAACACGGUCCGCCUCUUCAUCAUCGCUGCGGCGCUCCGGGCUGCCCUUUACCUGGUGUUUGUGGUCCUCUUCCUCCACCUCCUUCGACGCUACAAUCGUCUUCUUGGGCUGGGCCCGGACACGUUGCUGGUAGAGGGGAAGGCACCCGUGACCGGUGAUGAGGAAAAGGUGAUGCGUGGAGGUAGAGUGGGCGGGACAGUGGGAGAGAGUGCUGAGAUGCAUCGUCUUUUGAUGGAGGAGAAGGCCGCAGGAGGACAUCGCCAGCCGUACAAGGCACAAUGGGCGUACGAGAACGAUGACAAUACGCUCACUCCUGCGGACGUGGAGAAGGCUGCAGCGCACGUUCAAAACGGCCCACGAACAAGUAGAGAUGUGGAUACGCACGACGGCUACUCGGUCACCAUGGCGUCGGUCGCUCCCGAGUCAAGAUCAGGCUCGUCACUCACUGCGCCUCGCCUAUCGCGCUUCAAUUGGCAGCGUGGAGAGCCUUCCCAGCACCAGGAAGACGAAGACGGUCUCCAUGCCGCCGAAGCUGCUCAUCCACGCCAGGGCAGCGCCGGCGCCGAAGGGUGGGGUGUAGCCCUAUAUCGCCGCUUGUGGGGUGCGAGCAGUGUUGCGGUGGGAGUGACCGAACAAGAGGAUGAGGAGAAUGUCCCCGUGCUGAGCCACGAUGCCUUUUACUCGCGCGAUCUGGAGAAGGCCGGACGUCAGAACGAGGAGGCAAAGCCACAGCAUGUUAAGGCUGCCAGCAAAUUGGGCAUCUCUGGCUGGUUUGGGCGAGGAGGAGGGGACAACGAUGACGAUGACGAGUCAGACAUGGGUCACGGGGCCCGCUCUCCGAACAGAGGCGCUCGAGGCGCCAGCGCCGAUAUUGAGGACGGCUUCACACGUCACGAGCGCACCCCGAGCCAGGAGCGCCGUAGACUUGCGCACCGCCACGCUGCCUCCUCUCGCCGCUCUUCGGGUGGAUCGAUCUCAGUGCCCGCCGCAGCCCCAGCCUCGACUUCGCCGUCGAGGUCGCGCCGUGGUUCUGCCAGUAGCAGCGGCAGUGCUGCCACUGCGGCGGAGAGCGUCAAGUACGGUGACGAUCUGCCUUCUAUGCCUGGAUUAGUCGAUGUCGCUGCACCCGAUCCAAGGCUGGCAAGUAGGAGUCGCUCAGUCUCACCUUCUACCGCCGCCUCGCCAACCGGCUUAGCUCCUCCUCCUACGCCACCUACUCAAUCUUCUAACCGCCCUACGACUACGACCAACACUCCCUCGUACGUCCGUCACCUAGGUCGCAUGGUACAGAAGCUGCCCAGCAUCAAGUCUGGGGACGGAGAUGGGUCAAGUAGUCGUGGUCCCUCUGAGUCGUCUACCGCUGCCGCUGCCGCAGCGGCUGUUGGCAUGCAGAGCCAAGUUCAAAGCCAAAGCCACGGUCACGGACAGGGGCGCCGCAUGUCCAGCACCGGCUCGCGUUCCAGCUCCGGCGAUACGCAAAUGCAGGCUUGGCGAUCUGGAGGCGGUGGAGUCAUCCAUGAAGUGGCAGAGGAGGGACACAAUGAUGCUUCUGCGACGAAGACGGAGCAGGAGAAGAGCUUCCCUGGUGGUUGGCAGUGGUGAUGAUGCGAGUCUCUCGUCUAUGUACUUCCUCUCCGCCAAAGAAGGCCCGACUACUGCAUCGUGGCUACCAGCCUGCUUUCGAUACCCCUCCGCAACUUUCAGCCUUUCUAACAACGGACAUUUUCCUCUCGCACCGUGGUCGUUUGAUGGAUGAAGCUAUUGAUGAAUUGGAGAUGGUAUAAAGAUACAGAAUGAUUAUAAUGAUGCUCGCUUGUUGAU